AUCGAGUCGUUGCCGUAUCCGACGCUGCAUGAUCAGUAGUAUGGCUACAGAACAAACUUUAUUUGAUAACGCUACCUCAUUCAUGUUCCACCUCUCAACAUCUCCUUAUCGUCCUCUAAUCUCCCGAACGCGUGAUGGUUGCUAUUGUCGCAGUUGUAGGCUUUGAAAAUCUGCUGGUUUUUCAGACUUGCAUUGGCAGUUUCCCGAAGUACUACGGAAACAGUUUCACGCACGAGGAACUCCAGCUACCUCCGGAGAUGUGCAGAGAAGGCUUUUGUGGUGCGAGUGUGAUAGACUGUUAUGGAAAAGGAGAGGAGAAGUAUCGCAUCUGAUGAUGGGUCAGUCCAGAUCCACCUCUUGUUCUAACUCCUCCUCUGCUUCGUCUCCGUAGUGAUCGCCGUCUUUCUCGUCUCCGUGGUGCUCCUGAUUUGGGGUCAGUAUUACCGCAUCCGUGAGGUUGUUCGCGUGCACCGACAACUGCAUGAAUUUGAUUGGGACUCUUUCACGAGGAUGAUCGACCACGUCCAACGCAUGUGCAACGCUUUUGACGGCUUUGACAAAAAAAUCUGGAAGAAAGCGGUCAAAGACGUAGGCCCCCUUGAUGUGCAGAUGCUGAAAUUGCGACACGAAUUCGUCAAGAGGAAAGAAUACGUGGAACAGACCGCAGGUUCAUCUUUUAUUUCGUCUGGCAGUGGAG